AUGGCGGAGAACGAGCUCAUCAAGGAGUUCUCUGACCGAUGUCGGUCGGCAUCACACACCAUCCAGCAGUAUAUACACUCGACGAACCCUCCACCGGACGAGGAUACUCUCCUGACCUUGAUUGAAGCGAAUGAUGAGCUUUCUAUGUCGCUAUCUAGGCACCAACGUGCUCUUCUUAACGCGCGUCGAGCCUUAGGACAAUCGGAUAGCCAGUCACCCUCGCUGUCCGAGACUACUCCACUAGGUGCUUCCAGUGCUACCCCCCCACCGGUGCCGCCGCGGGAUACGCAAAACCCCUAUAUACCACCAGCAAUGCCCCCAGCGGCGUCAAGCCCCAGCGGGAUUUCAACGCCGACGAACAACAGCAUGGGCCGAUCGGAGUAUCGGUCGGAGGACUUUCAGGUGCAGAACCCAUUCGCCGAUAACUUCAACACUACUACUACCGGCCCACCAGAAGGACGGACGGAGGGGACAGCGAACGACUCGUGGUACGAUCCGUAUCAGCGACCUAUACAGCGCGCGUGA